AUGGCGACGAUAUUUCAGAGCCUCAGAAGCUCAACCCUGUCGAAGCGCCUCCUCAUCUACGCCUUGCGGCGCCUGGAGCUGCUGGAUGAGGAGACGCUGGACAUGGAAAACCUGCAGUUUGCGCUGGGCAGGACCACCACGGCCGAAUUCAAGGAUGUUGGAGUGCGCCUCAAGAAACUCGAACGACUUCUCCAGCUACCCGCUUCCUUCCAGAUCCAGAAAGCUAAAGUGCUGAAACUCAACGUCACCAUUCCUGUCGACUUCUACACGAGCCCUAUAAUCAUCGAGAUCGAUGGGGUUGAUGUCCGGUUGAAAGUGUCCACCAUCGGCGAAGAUAAAAAGGCCAAGAUAGCACAUGCGGCGGCGACGAAGAGUGACAUUACCCAGGGCCUACCGAAUACGGUCAACCUUGCGCAGUCAUUCCUGAAUGAAGAUGCGGCGCUGAAAGACACUAAGCUUGCGGAGGAAAAGAGGAGACUAGAGGACGCUCUCGCAGCCGAAACACAGGAUCUCGGCGGUUCCACGAUGAGCGAAAGUUCGAUGAGUGACGACGGAAGUCAGUUCGGUACAGGGCAGCCAAUGUCCCUGCCGGGAUUCCUGGCCGCAUUCCUCCAGGGCAUCGUCGACCGCAUCCAGGUCCGCAUCCGUGGGGUCACAUUUCAACUAGACGUCGAAGUUCCCCUCGAGCCAAACUCGACAUCGCCGGAGCUAGUCACUUUCCAGCUCGCGUUGGAUCGCAUAGAUGUCGAAGGCGUUACCGCGGAGGCACACAACGACGAGGGUGCGCCGACGAUCGUGCCGAAAGAUGGGAAGAGGCACAUUGCGCUAUCAACAAUCCGGGCCUGUUUGAUUUCGGAGGCAACCGUCUUCUCGCAGUUUGCGCGCUCCCCGUCCGUUUCGUCCCCAUCCGUCUCCCAAUCACCGUCAUUCAGCGAGCGCACGUCAGCAUCAAGACAUAGCACCUUCCGACCGACCAUGCAUGAGAGCUUUCUGUCCGAUUCAGCAGACUUGUCAGAGGUUGACGAUGCAUUGUUACAGGACAGCGAAGAUGCGUUUAAUAUUCCGUACGACUUCUCAAGUCAACCAGAGGAACAAGUAGAGGAGGAGGAACCGACGACACCCAGGGCCUCGAUAUAUCAAGAUUUUUCUCCUCGAAGACAGGUCCCGCUAUCACAGUCUACAAUCCAAGGAGACGAAGACGAAGUUGCCCCAUGGGCCAGUUUCCAAAGAGAAGCGAGGUCAGAGCCGUCGCUACAAUCAGCGGACCAUAGCAUUUUGAAUGAGACCGGUGAUUUUGGAUCUCCUGAAGCAUUGCGACAGCCUAUGGCAGCUUCUCACAGCUCGGAUUCUGCCGAGGUCGAUGAUCUGGCGCAAUCUCACGUGUUCACCCACGAGGAAGCCGAGAGUAUGUACAUGAGCGCCUUUUCCCAGGCUGAGCCGACUGGGUCACGAAUGCCGGGAGGAUGGGAAGCGGAUUCGAGCCCAGAAGCUUCUCCCAAGGUCAAGAAGGCGAGUCCCGUGCCAAGACAGCAAACUCCGCCAGCGUUUGAAACAGUCUCGAGUAUUCCCGAGCCAGAAACUCGUGACAAUUUGGAUGCACCGGAAUCGCAGAAGUCGCCGUCGCCAUCUACGACAGAUCAGACUGAUACUGGAUUCGAAGAUGCGAAGGGGCUACCGUCGACGAGUUUGUCAAGGGAUGAGGUCGCGGAUGCGCCAGCACCGGCAGACGAUGUGGCAACCCCAAGAGGGCCGACGAGACUGGUCAAGGAACUUGUUUCUCUACAAAACAUUUCCCUAUACGUUCCUUCGCUGCAUCAGCAUGUAAAUGUGGCUGCCGAUGCUCAAGCAUCAGUUCUGAGCCAAACACCAGGAUCAUCCAGCUUGGCGAGAUCAGUUGGGCCUCAACUUCCCGGAGCGUUCUCCGUGUAUUCUCCUUCACCAGCAUCGAGACCGAGUUUUGCGCCAACACCAACCCCUAUCCCCUUUACCGAGCCAGACAAUGAUGGGACGCUGGAAGUUCUACUGUCACCCUUGGAGGUGCGCUUCGAUGCUUCUCUGGCGUAUCUCCUCGCGGUUGUGGCUGGAAAGCUGUUGGAUGCGUUGAAAAGUAGAGACACUCCCGCUCCUGCUCCAAAGACGGCUGCAAAGCCACAGCAAGAGUCGAUAUUGCCCGAUAUCAAAGUCAUGUUUGAAAAAAUUUCACUCCACUUUCUCCAUCAACUUGGCGGCGUUGCCGAUACAGCAGAGAGAAUUUUGGGCUCUCCCGGGUUGCAGAUGCAACCCGAGAUUCUCCUCCGAACGGAUCUUCAUAAACUCAACAUAUUGCUCAAGAAUUCGCAGAGGGGCCUUGAAACAAUUGUGGAUCUCGAAAAGUUCCGCUUCGGGUACGCACGGGACGAUAUUAUCUCGUUCGACCAAAGCCUUCAGAUGAGGGCUUCCGUCAUGGACAAGUUUCCUUCAGCCGGCUCCGACGUGACCGUGAAGGUGAUCAAGUCGUCCGACUCAAUUCGGACUGAAGUAACCACCUUACCACUGCUGAUACAACUUGAUUUGCAAAGGCUGGAUGAAACAUUCAGUUGGUUCGGCGGCCUGAGCAGUUUCCUUAACAUGAGCUCCUCAAUGUCGUCGAGCGCUUCGCCAUCCGUCAGAGUGCCGGUACAACCACCUCCAAAGUCCCGAGGGGUUCGAUUUGACGCCCCAAUCAACCCGGACGACAAGUCAGCCUCGGCAGAAAACAAGAUUGAUAUGCGAAUAGGAGGCUUCAAUCUCGAACUGAAGGGCAGAGAGUGUAGCGUUGGUUUGGAGACGAGUGCGGUCAAGAUGGUAAGCCGAGAUUUGGGAAUCGGUUUUGCGAUCAGCAAAGUUCGCUUAGCAGGGCCAUAUAUAAGGAAUUCCCGAGGAGAACCGCCCAUUUCUGCCGAGAUUGGAGGUGUACGCUUCGAGUAUCUUGCGACGCCGAAAGACAAGGACCUUGAAAGGCUUCUCGAACUCAUCAUCCCGUCCAAGGUCAAGUUCGACCAGGGCGAUGAUGAAAUCAUGGUGGACACACUCCUCCGACAAAGGCGCAAGGGCGGGGUACUACGGGUGACUUUCGACCAAUUGAACGUGAGGGUCGAUCGCAUACAUCAACUGAAUUGCCUCCCCGCGCUGGGCGAAGAGGUUGCUCGACUAGCAACCGUCGCAAAGUAUCUCCCAGAAGACGAUAGGCCCGGCAUCCUCCUUCUGGCUGAAGUCAAGGAGCUUGGAGCGGUUCUCGACUUGGGCGGCAAGCUUGGCAUAAUCAAUGCGAACCUAAAGAACUUCGAAGUCGCCCAGAUCACAGUGCCCUCGUUAGUGGCAUUCGGCGUUCACGCCAUCUCUGUGAAUCGCAAUCAUCGAGAGGACCUCGUGAGCUCCUCAACAACAUUGCCGCCCGGAACGCUCACCCAAGGCCCUGUGCUUAUGGUCCGCAUGAUUGGAGACGAGAUGGAGCCGGUGAUCAAAAUCAAGAUGCGCGAUAUCACAGUCGACUAUCGAGUGCCGACGAUAAUGGACGUCCUUGGACUAGCGGAAGAUGCUACACCACAAGAUUUUGAAGCCAGCCUUGCCGCUUCUGUGGCCAAUCUCGGCGAACAAGCACACUCUGCCUUGGCGGGCAAAAGCCCUCAACCAGUUCGUAUGACUGACCCUGCUCGACCCAAUAGUAAGCCUAUGACGGUCGACUUGGUUUUCCGCGAUUGCUUGAUCGGUCUAAACCCACUGGGACUGCCCUCGAAGCUCCUCAUCGCCCUGACUGACGCUCGGCUUCAAGUGGCUCUUCCAAAAGACGUGGAUACCACGGCCAAGCUGGACCUCAAUAAGGCCUCGAUCCUGCUCAUUGACGAUAUCACUAACAUAGGAGCGAGCUCUACCGUAAAUCGUCGGCAGUCGGCGGACACGUCUUCCCAACAAGUCUCACAACUCGUUUCCCAAGGCUUCGUGAGCAUCUGCUACAUCUCAUCUGCAAAGGCAGUUGUCACAGUGUCGGAAAGUCGUGACGAUGGUGAAAAACUUGUCGAUGUCGAACUCCGUGAUGAUUUACUCGUGCUAGAGACAUGCGCCGAUUCGACCCAAACUCUCAUCACCUUGGCCAAUGCACUGACGCCGCCUACUCCCCCUAGCAAGGAGAACAAGUACCGCACCUCAGUUGUUCCUGUACAGGACCUCUUGGCUUCUAUUUCUGCCGAAGCCUUUGGCAGAGCAGAGGGCGAUUAUGAUUUUGACAAAGACUUCGAACUCGCUCAGGAGAUGGGCGGCAGUGAUGAAUAUGAUGUGUCAAGCGAUGGCAGCCCGUUACAGAUCGACUCACGUUACUACGAGGACGCCGGCCCUUCGGAGCCCCUUUUUGACGCAGAGGGCUCCAUUACAUCGAACGCUACGACGACUCAAGAUACACAUGAUGGGGUGUUGCUGACCAGCUUCAACGCAAGUGCAUCACACCACUCUGAUGAUGGCAGUGACCUGGUGAUACACGAGAACUUCUUCAACAAGGGACCCGAGACCGACGGUAGAGCCCAGGUCUGGAACUCGUCCAAGAAUAGCUAUGACAGAGCACCGAAGGAGCUAGUCAAGAGAAGCCCACUCCGAGUUUCGGUCCGCGAUGUGCACGUCAUCUGGAAUUUGUUCGACGGAUACGACUGGGAGCGCACGCGCGAUGUCAUAUCGAGGGCUGUGCGAGAUGUCGAGGACAAGGCCUACGAACGUCGCCGCAGAUCAGAGCGUGCUGUCUUCGAGGACGACGCGGAGGAAGAUGAGACGGUGAUUGGUGACUUCCUCUUCAACUCGAUUUAUAUCGGUAUCUCUUCGAAGCAAGACCCUCGAGAACUCGCUCAGAUGGUCAACCAAGAGUUGAAUGACAACGCCACAGAGACCGAGUCUCUUGCAACAACAGCUUUCACGACGACAACCGGUCGAACGGGAGCAGCCAGGCCUAAGAAGAGAUUGAGACUGAACCGGAGCAAGCACCACAAGAUUACAUUUGAACUACAGGGGGUCAAUGUGGAUCUUAUUGCGUUCCCGCCUGAUUCUGGGGAGACUCAAAGUUCCAUUGACAUUCGGGUCCAGACCCUGGAUGUAUUUGAUCACGUUCCAACCUCGACUUGGAAGAAGUUUGCAACGUAUGACCAAGACGCUGGCGAGCGAGAGAUGGGCACCAGCAUGGCUCAUCUCGAACUGCUCACCGUCAAGCCGCAACCAGAUCUGGCGGCUUCGGAGAUGGUUUUGAGAGUCACUUUGUUGCCACUUCGACUUCAUGUCGAUCAAGAUGCGCUUGAUUUCAUUACGAGAUUCUUUGAGUUCAAGGAUGACAGCGCUCCCGUCCACAGCUCAACGAGCGAUGUACCGUUCCUCCAGAGAGUCGAGGUUCACGACAUCCCUGUCAAGUUGGAUUUCAAACCCAAGCGAGUUGACUAUGCAGGCCUCAAGUCGGGACGAACCACGGAGUUUAUGAACUUCAUCAUCUUGGACGAAGCACGUCUGACUCUGAGACACACCAUCAUCUAUGGUGUUUCGGGAUUUGACAGAAUGGGCAAGAUCCUCAAUGACAUCUGGAUGCCGGAUGUCAAGGGCACUCAGUUAGCUGGAGUCCUUGCUGGUCUCGCGCCAGUGAGGGGCAUUGUUAAUAUCGGCAGUGGAUUCAAGGAGCUCAUCGAGGUCCCCAUCAAGGAAUACAAGAAGGACGGACGCAUCGUUCGAAGCAUCGGAAAGGGCGCAGCGGCAUUUGCUCGCACCACCGGCACAGAAAUGGUUAAAUUCGGAGCCAAACUAGCAAUCGGAACGCAAUAUGCGCUGCAGGGCGCCGAGGGCUUGCUCAGCAAGCCUCAGACUGACAACACUUGGGAAGAGGCUGAUCUCGAUCCAGAAGAGAAGAAGCAGAUCUCCCUGUACGCUGAUCAACCCACCGGUGUCAUUCAGGGGCUGCGUGGCGGCUACUCAAGCUUGACGAGAGACUUGAACAUGGCCCGCGAUGCCAUCAUUGCGGUUCCAGGCGAGGUGAUGGAUAGCCAGAGCGCUCAGGGUCUCGCAAAGGCAGUGCUGAAGCGGGCACCUACCAUUAUUUUCCGACCGGCCAUUGGAGCUACCAAGGUCAUCGGACAGACGCUUAUGGGCGCGACAAACAGUCUGGACCCGCAGAACAGGCGGAGGGCCGAGGAGAAAUACAAAAGGCACUGA